AUGAAUAGAAAGAUAAUACAAUUAGAUAAACUUGAGGCAACUCUAGAGGAACUUUUUGGCUUAUCGGAAGAUGAGCGUUCGGAAGAUGGUUACGAAAGCGACGAACGGGAAAAUGAGGCGAUUUUCACGCAAACAGGUCAAGAAGAACUCGAAAAUAUUUUGAAUUCUCCGUCAUCUUCUAGAAGUUGCUGUCAAUUCGCCUAUACUUAUACUAUCCGGCUUCAAAAUAUGGAUGCGGUGUGA